GUGGCAAAGAAGCUGGGGUAUUGCUCACCGCUGUAGCCAACUACACAGUCUAGGUCGCUUAGUCCAACAGAGACCUGAAGUAUUAAAGAAUGUUAAAGGACGCACAGUGGUAUUUACAGACCGUUCAGGUAUGAGUGCAGCAGGCCACGUAAUGCUCGGGACCAUGGAUGUUCACCAUCACUGGACCAAAAUUUUUGAGAGAUUGCCAAAUUAUUAUAAACUUCAAAAAAGGCUGCUGUUCUUGGAAGAUCGGAUAAGCCAACUUCUGGGAGGCAUACAAGUAAUAUAUAUUGAAGAACUGCAACCCCUGUUGACUCUAGAAGAGUACUAUGAGACUCUGGACUCUUUCUAUAAUAAAUUACGUGACAGUAGACUACCUUUUCAUCCUCGCAGUCUGCGAGGCUUGCAAAUGAUUCUGGAAAGUGACAGAUAUGCACCAAGCUUACAUGAAUCUGGACACUUUACAAUCCCAACGGUGUGUGAUCCAGCAACCCUUCAAUGGUUUAUUUUUGCCAAAGCGCAGGAAGCAAGAGAGAAUCUGAAAAGGAAGGAGGAGAUGAUGAUUACAGAAAAAGAGCUAAUCGAUACUUCCACUGAAAAAUUUUCUUUGGAUCGGCUGUAUAAGGAGCCCAGUGUUUCCAGUGCACAGAUGAUAGAUUGUUGUAAGCGACUGCUAGAAGAAUCGUUGCCAUACCUACAAGGCAUGCACCUUUGCAUUUCGCAUUUCUACUCUGUGCUGCAGGAUGGAGACUUGUGUAUACCUUGGAACUGGAAAAACUGAGGACAUAUCUGAUAAUCAGAUGAAUUGUUUAUUUUCUGUAAGAGGCUAUAAAUAUGAAUGUUUUUAAGAGUAAAUUAUUUAAAUCUGUAUUUUGAUAUCAGUAUUGAGCCCACAAAUUUUCUUCUAACUGUGGCUCAAAAAGGAUUGGAGUCCUAGACAAUUUGCACAAUGCGCAGUAUUGCCACUUCUGGGAAAAACACCUGUACAUUCUCCAUACUACUGUAGGAGUCCCAGUGUAUGGUAGCAGUUGUGAAACCGCAUUUUUGUAGUGAAUUAUGAAAAUACAUUAAAUGGCAAGUCUGCAAAAA